UGGGUUGUGCACACAUGUAUUUAGCUGUCAUGUUUCACUCAGUGCUUCCUGUGUACAGUCACCUCAACCCAGCUCCACUUCACUCAGACGAUCAUCAUGGGAGCGUCUUCAUCUGGACUGCUGGACGAAGCUAAGGCCAGCCACAUCAAAGGGCUGGUGGAGAGCUCCUUCCAGAGUUUCAGUGAGUUUUAUCGUCAGCAGUAUCCAGCAGCUUAUUUCGGACACUUACAACAGGAGGUGGAGUCAAAGAAACAGGAAAGAGGACUGUUACUGACUCAAAGGCCUCGGCCGGAUCCUGAAGAUGUGCUGUUCCAGGGCAAAGCCAGGUUCUCCUCUUGGGACGACCGCAAAGGCAAAGAGAAAUACGUGGUGCUCAAGAAAAACUACAGUGUGGAAAUACACGAGAGCCAAGAGACUUUUCUUCGAGGCGCUGCUGCCAAACUGGUCCUUCAGCCAGUAGGGGGCACUGCACUGAUCUCUGAGCAUGAAGCCCAAACUCUACUGGACCAAGCGUGUUCUGGAGUUCUCAAUGGACUGAAGGAGGACUCGUCUGGGGCCAGCUCGUCUCCUGAGGGCUUUGCUGUGCUCUUACACCUGCCUCACACCGCCCUCUACCGCUUCCUGUUUCAAAAUGAGAGCGAGCAACAUCACUUCCUGUCUGCCCUCCAGUCGUGCAUCCGACACCAUUGCCUGGAUCCAUGGUCUGAUGCGUCCUACGAGAGCCAAGCCUUCAUCCACGCUCUGCGCCUUUACCGACAACAAAAGAACUGCUAUGAAUGCUGGGAAAUACUGCUGGGCUCUGAAGAACAAGUGCUGGCUGCCCAGUUUAUGGAGGAAGUGUUGCCGUGGUUACAGAGCCAGCUACAAAACAAAGUGAAAGGCAAGAAGACAGAGAGGAUUCGACUGUGGUUAGCAACGGUGCACGCGGCGUACAGCGUGGUGUUGGAGCAGCUGAAGCCCGCUCUGGAGGCUCUAAGGGCGGAGUCUGGAGCGUCUGCCUCAGCCAAUCAAGGUCUGGUCAGAGCCAACCUGGACCAGAUCACUGCAUCUCAGAGCUUUCUACUCGACAAGAUCCAAGGUUGUGUGAGGGAGGAAGCUGAACGUGUGUGCAGUGAGUUCAUUUCUCCAUACCUACCCUCAGUCCUGGAGGCUCUGACUGAAAACAUCGGGCCGGCCCUCAAAGAGAUGAGACAGACUCUACAGGCUCAGAUAGACUCUGCUCUGGAAGAGGGAGGAGGAGGAACCCAAGUCACCAAGAAGGUCUCUUCACUGACUACUACAGGUCUGGAGAAGUGUUACCAACAGGUGGAGAGGCUGAAGGAGGACCUGUCUGGCCUUCGACAGAGAUUUGAGCUGAGCAGCACGGAGCGGCUGGUCCUCUGGGCACAUCUGGACAUGGAGAAGCUGCUGGACAGUGCCGUCUACACGUUUGAGCUGUUCCUCCGGACCUCAGCCAGACUGCAGCCGGACCAGUACAGUGUGAAGACAGACCGCGCCAAGGAGAGAGUGCUCAAGCAGUUGGACUAUGACAGCAGACUGGUGCAGAAGAGACUGUACGAGGAGGCCCUGCUGCAAAUCACCCUCCCCACACUGACCCGCAGAGUGGACAGCUCCUGGAAAAAUGAGCUGCAGCAGUUUGAACAGUAUAUCUUUUCAGACUUCAGCAGCUUCCUCCUGGUUCAGAACGUGUACCAAGACGUGCUAACGAACCUCCUCACCCAAGAGAUACAAAAAGUUCUCCAGGAAGCCAUGUCCAAAACCAGCAGCAACCUGUUACUGGACACAUCCGACCUGGCCAUUAGUCAGUACAGCCUUUUGGGACAGACCUCCAUCUCAUCCACACCAAGCAAUCCAGAACUCCAAGCCUUGGAAGUCCCUCCAACUAUUCCCAAAAGUGCUCCAGAUUCAGACAAAAAUCCAACUGUAGAACCAGAGAGAGAAAUUGUUCCACCUGUUAUUGUGGUAACCGAGGAUACCAACGAAACUCCAUCUGAUCCCGUCAUGGACUUGCUCAAAUAUGAAUCUUCAGACUCGGAAUCAGUCAAAAUGUGGGAGGAAAAUUCCGAUAACGAUCCACUGGAAGUCCUUGAAUCCUUGACAAGUUUCGAAGACGCUCUCGAUGAAGUUCCGCAAAACGAUACGCCAGAAAUUGAAAUCGAAUUCCAAGUGUGAAGAUGUACAAAAGUUACCAGACGAUUCCGAUGUCAGCCAAUCUUUACAGACUACGGAAUCACCAAAGUCCGAAGAAGAAUUUCCCAUGAAAAUUACUCUUGAGACUUUGAGUGAAGCUAUAGUUUGCGUUGCUACAGAACCAUUACAACAACAAUCCACCUGAUAAAGCUGUCUACAUAAAGGGGUCUGUUAUGGAAAACUGGAAAUGUGAAGAAGAAAAAAUAAGCAAUGACCACUCACUUCCCGUUGAUGGUGCUGUGGGUUCAAAGAAAGAGGAAGCAAUUACCAGUAGUGAUGAAGUU